UAUGUAAGGUAAGUCUUUAGUCAGAAGCCGUCAGCUGUUGUGUCAAGUGAACAUUCUUAACCAACAAAAUAGGUGAAACUUACCAAUAGUGUGUAAUUCUAAUUGUGAAUCUAUUAUUAGUUACUAAACGUGGUGUAGAUUUGAAAGUAUUUUUUAACAGGAACCAGAUUGAGUUACCUUAAUUGCGUGACACAAAGAAUGAGACAGUAGUGACCUAUAAUACUAUUUAAGAUGUUUAAAGAAAAUGAUAACAGUUCUGGAAGCUGUAGCAGUACAGUCCCUAGACCACGAAGAAUGUUAGCGCGAUUUUCUUUACGUCGAUUAUUAUAUUCAAGCCCACUUAUUGGACGACGAAUUGUGAGAACACCUAGUUCAAGUAACAGAAAUACAAAAACAAAAGAUCCAAUUGGUGGCAAGAUCACAGAUGUUGAAAAAGGAGAAGCUAGAGUAAGUAAUGGUUCAAGCCAUUUUCAAUUUCAAAACAUAGAUCUACAACGUGCUUCCAGUAAAGGCUCAGUACUUUCUUCUGCCGGAAAGAGUAGUGAAAGUGGUUUAAUGGAAUGUCCUUUAUGUUUGGCUGAAUUGCCUGUGGAGUUCUUUCCUGUUGUUCAGUCUUGCCAUCAUCGCAGUUGUUAUGAUUGCUAUCAACAAUAUCUUAAAGUUGAAAUUUCUGAAUCUAGAGUUAACAUAGCAUGUCCUGAAUGUUCAGAACCAAUUCACCCAAAUGAUAUUCGAAUGAUCCUAAAUGAUCAAACGCAAUUGGAAAAAUAUGAAGAUUUUAUGGUACGACGAGUUCUUGCUGUAGAACCUGAUGCGAGAUGGUGUCCUGCACCAGAUUGCAGCUUUGCAGUUAUUGCUAGUGGUUGUGCUUCGUGCCCAAAAUUACGUUGUGAACGACCAGGAUGUGACUCUUAUUUUUGUUACCAUUGUAAAGCACGUUGGCAUCCUAAUCAAACAUGUGAUGCUGCCAGAGCUCAACGUACUCAAUACUAUGAACGAAGUUCAUCUCUCAGUUUCAGUCAAAGUGAUUCACAACAUAAAGAUGACGUCAAACCUUGUCCAAGGUGUCAAGUCCUUAUUGUUAAAAUGGAUGAUGGUAGUUGCAAUCACAUGGUUUGUGCUGUUUGCGGUGCCGAAUUUUGUUGGUUAUGCAUGAAGGAAAUCAGUGAUCUUCAUUAUUUAAGUCCUUCUGGUUGUACCUUUUGGGGUAAAAAGCCAUGGUCUAGAAAAAAGAAAAUACUUUGGCAACUUGGAACCUUAGUGGGAGCUCCAGUUGGAAUUGGUCUUGCUGCUGGAAUAGCUGUACCUGCUAUGAUUAUAGGUAUUCCAGUAUGGGUGGGAAAGGAGCUGUAUACAAGAUAUGAGAAAGAUAACAAACAUAAGAGGAAUGCUUUUAUUGUUGGAGGAGUAACUGCAUCUGUUUUAGUAUCACCCAUAUUGGCAGGAUUGGCCGUAGGUAUUGGUGUACCCAUUUUAUUAUUUUACGUUUAUGGUGUAGUCCCCGUUUCUCUUUGUCGAAGCGGAGGUUGUGGUGUUUCAACAAAUGGUACAGGGGUGCGAUUUGAUUUCGAUGACGAAAACGAGCUUAUGGGUUCAUUGAGUGUCCGCAACGGUGGAGAUGCAGCAUCGAUAGAUGUUGCGAGUCAUCGCGGCGGUAAUCCUUCGAUAGGAGAAGCUUCCCUUUCAUUAGGUAGUGGAAGUCAUUUAGAAAAAUUAGGUCGUGAAAACGAUCGCGAAAGUGCCAGUAACGUAGCUGUCGCUGGUACCAGUCUCGCAGGAAGUAUAGCUUCUAGUGUUUUACCAGGAGGUCAGAGAUUGGAGGUUCAAGCGGAUGUGACGUCUACCCAACGAUUCAGUUUGUGUAGCGAAACAGCAUCUGCGGCAACCAGUUUAUCAGAAAAAUCUGUGAACGCAUCUAUUGCUUUGGAUGACGGCGCAGCUUCUACGAGAGCUCUAGCAGGCUCUGUUCUAAAUUUUAAAAUGGAUGGAAGCUCAAUCAGCGGUGGUAGAAGCACGGAAGGAGAACAAGGGACAAGCUCUGUUGCAGGAGGUCAUAUGGAUUCAGCAGGUCAAGCUACAUCUUUGAGUUCCCUCGAAGAAGUAGCGCCUGGUUUAGCGAAACGUGCUCGGCGCAAGCCGACGUUAGAUCGCCAGUGCAGUGAUUCCAGUAAUUGGACCGUUUGUGGAGAAGACGAAGGUUCUGAACGUGUCAGAUUCGAUGAUCAUGUUAGUUUCAUUGAAGCAGAUCAAGAAGGAAUUGUUAAUACGUGUGGAGUGAAUAGUCGAACUUCCGGAAGACGUACUAAACGUACUAAAGAAACAGAACAAGACGCAAAUACUCAAAAGAGUACAAAGAAUUCUAACAAUGAAUCAAAGGCUGAUUCGGCAGAUGACAAUGUAUCAUGGGAACGGGUUAACGUUGCCACUUUGAGAAAUGUCUUCUUCCAUAAUUCUACAACAUCUACAGAUCGCGAGAAGCGAUUGUCGGUGAUAGAAGAACCGUCUCCUGUAGUGGUACAGAAUAACGGUGCUCGUUUCUUCACGCCUUCUGACAAAGGCUGUAGCAUAAAUAAUAUGGAAGACAAUUUACACUCUUAAAGGAACAAAGACUGAGCAUUUAUGUAAUAAUGUACAUGCAUCCUUUAAAUACAAGACACACAGAUGCGUAUUCACAUACAGUGGCAAUCAAAAAUGUACACACGCUAGUCUUAUAAGGAAAUGAUACAAGUUCUCAACUGAUUGAUAAGGAUUAGGCGAUUACAAUUACAAAUUCAACCAACUAACUAAAAUACAAAACUUUAUUUUUUCAUUUAUAUUAAUUAAUUGAAAUUAAUUUCUAUUUUAAUUUUAAUUCAAAGCUUAUUAUUUAUACUAGAAAUUGUAAUAUCAAUUAUUUAACUACAUGUUUCCUUGAUCCUUUUAAUUUUAUAUUUUUGUGAAUGCAAUAUGUUUUUAAUUGCAAUAUUAUUUUGAUGCAAUAUUUAUAAUUUUGCACUUGGAUAAUGUUUUUAGAAUUAGAAUUUUUAAUUAAUUUUUCGUUUUUUCUUAUUAAUAAUUUUAAUUUGUGUGGCAUAUUUAUUAAAUUAUGCUACUUCUCAUGAAUACUUGAGAGGGUGUUUUAAUAUCCUGCUAGAUUUCUUUUAAUAAUUGAUCACAAACUUUCAAUGGAAUUUAUAUUUUUCAUACCAUAACAAAAUUUGACAAACUUAAAUAAUUUGUUAAUAAUUUGUCGUAUGUUUUGGGUCGCUAUAUUGUUGAGGUACUAAUUUUUUCUGAAUCAGGACUUUCCGUCUUAUUUAAAUUGACUUGUUUAUCAUUUAUUCUUUUAAACUUACUUUGACUUUUUAUUUUUGCAUUCCUUUAUCAAUCAUUGUUAUUCUAUUCACUUUUGACAGAGUACCAAAAAUGGUAAAUACAAAUUGGACCAACUUUAUAUCUUUUUGAAUAUAGUAUGUUGUUAAUAUGAAUAAAAAUAUGAUAUCAUAUUUUGUGUACUAGAUUUAAUUUGUAAUUAUAAUUAUUUAAUUUUUGUGAACUGAUUAAGAGAUGUAUAUCAUUUCUCUAUAAGAAUAGUGUGACAUUUACACUUUCGUUUGUUACUGUAUAUGUGUAUAUAUGUAUUUAAGUGUACACCAUAUGCGUGCAGUAAUGCCGAAUUUACUAUAUUUAUGCACACCAUGUAUAAACGUAUUAUGAAUGCAAUAGAGGGAACAAAUUAAGAGCAACUUUGCAUGGCAAAGCGUAUUGAAGUAAGUAGUAUGUGCAUUCAUGUUUCAGAAGUGCGUGCGUAUAAAUAUGUGUAAUGUACGUAUGUGUGUAUAGCUAUAUAUAUACAAUCAGGCCUCAAUUUAUAAAACAAAAGUUGCAAAUUAAUUUAACAUGGAUAAUUUUCAUUUUGUGCCAAUGUUUUUUUGAGAAUAUUGUUAUAUGCGAAAAAAUUACAUUCUCGUACACGAAACAGCGCUCACAUAUAAAACGUAUCAAAUUCGUUAAAAUUUUUCUAUGACGGAAUUCCUCGAAAGAAAUAAAAUUUUCACGUGAUAUAAAAUAGGAUAACUGUAUAAAACAUUAUGGAAAAAUUAUUAUUAUGCCUUUUAGUUGCAUUUUAUGUCAAGCAACAGUUAUUACUUUCCAUGCAUGAAACACUUCUUCAUUUGUCAAUCAUAUUUUCAGAUGUAUAAGUAUCGUAAGAACCUUUGUACACGAACAUUUUCUAAAUGUCCUUCGAUGUAUGAAAAUACACAUAAUGUAAUGUAUACAAUUAAAGGCAAUGAAUAUGCCUUGACAGUGAAUGUUAUUCAGCAGUUUUAGAGAAAAAAAUGAACAUUAAUAUAAAAAGAGGUAUGGUAGUUUAUUA